CGAUGCAUAUUGCGUGAAGGCGAGCUGAUCAGCGAGAUGGAGAGGAACGGGGGAGAGUACGUGACCAUGGACGGGUUGGUGAGGCUGAUCCUGGCCGAGGCGCACGGCUUCUGCCUCGGCGUCGACAACGCCGUGCGCCUCGCGUACGACGCGCGCGUCAAGUUUCCCGACCGGCGGCUGUGGCUCACUAACCAGAUCAUCCACAACCCAACCGUCAGCGAGAGAUUGGAUGAGAUGGGAAUCAAAAUCAUCCCGGUUGUUUCCGGUGUAAAAGAUUUGAGUGUUGUUGAAGAUGGCGAUGUGGUCAUUUUUCCAGCGUUUGGAUUUACAGUGGAUGAGAUGGUCACGCUAAACAGGAAGAACGUGCACAUAGUUGACACAACCUGCCCUUUGGUCCUAAAGGUUGUGCACAUGACAGAAAGGCAUAUAAAGGGUAACUACACUACGAUUAUCCAUGGAAAAUAUGCCCACGAAGAGACUGUUGCAACCGCCUCUUUUGCAGACAAGUACAUCAUUGUGAAGGACAUAACUGAGGCAAAGUAUGUGUGUGAUUACAUUCUUGAAGGCCAACUUGAUGGGUCCAGCUCAACAAAAGAGAAGUUCCUUAAGAAAUUCAGAUAUGCUGUCUCUCCAGGAUUUGACCCUGAUAUUGACUUGGAGAGAGUAGGCGUUGUGAAUCAAACAACAAUGCUUAAAGGAGAAACUAAAGAAAUUGGAAUACUCAUUGAGCAGACAAUGAUGAGUAAGUAUGGUCUUGAUCAGAACAACAAGCAAGAACAUUUCGUCAGAGUCGGCACCAUUUGCAAUGCUACUCAGGAAAGGCAGGAUGCGAUGUACAAAUUGGUAGAGAAGGAAGUUGACCUCAUACUUGUCGUCGGAGGAUGGAACUCCAGUAACACCUCCCAUUUGCAAGAAAUUGGAGAACUCAGUGGCAUUCCUUCCUACUGGGUCGAUGGUGAGCAGAGGAUUGGGCCAGGGAACAAGAUCAGCUACAAACAAAAGAAUGGUGAACUUGUUGAGAAAGACAAAUGGUUACCCCAUGGAGCAAUCACAAUUGGAGUCACCUCUGGAGCCUCUACUCCAGACAAGGUCGUUGAGGAUGUGCUGCAGAAGGUGUUUGAGAUAAAGCGUCAGGAGCUUGGUGAAGCGACAGAGCAAUAGAUGAGAUCAUGAGACACUGUUGCAGGCGCACAGAGAUGAGCAAGCACAAGGAGACAUGAGAUGCUAGUAUGGUCAGAUAAAGAUACAGAAGAAAUAAGAUCGGCUGAUUGAGAAUUUGAGACUUGAGUUCAUAGCAUGAACUAUUUGUGCAUAUUUGGUGAUCUGGGAAGGCAUACUGAUAACUUUGAGUUGCAGCCUUGCAGGGCGAAUGUAAAAUACUAUUCCCUCCAUCGUAUAAUAUACUACCUCCGUCCUAAAAUAA